GGGACCACGAGUUCCGGGUUCACGGGCCGCGGGUUCGCGGCGGCCGUGACCUUUGGCGGCGGUCUGGGCGCGCAGCUAUGGUGCAGAAGCCGGGUCUCCUCCUGCCGUUGCUGCUGCUGCUGCUCGGCCCAGCGCCGGCGCGCAGCAUCGGCCAGCUGCCCUUGAUCCUCAACACUUGGCCUUUCAGGAAUGCAACCUUGGCAGCGUGGAAGACGUUGGCGGCCGGAGGGUCGGCCCUGGACGCGGUUGAGAGCGGCUGCGCGACCUGCGAGCAGCAGCAAUGCGACGGCAGCGUGGGCUUCGGGGGCAGCCCGGACGAGUCGGCGGAGACCACGCUGGACGCCAUGAUCAUGGACGGCACUACCAUGAACGUGGGAGCAGUGGGAGAUCUCAGACGAAUUAAAAACGCCAUUGGCGUGGCACGCAAAGUUCUGGAACACACGACACACACGCUGUUAGCAGGAGAGGCAGCCACCAAGUUUGCCGAAAGCAUGGGCUUUGUCAAUGAGGAUUUAUCCACCAACGUUUCUCAGGCUCUUCAUUCAGACUGGCUUGCUCGGAAUUGUCAACCAAAUUACUGGAAGAAUGUUAUACCAGAUUCUUCAAAAUACUGUGGACCCUACAAACCACCUGCUAUCUUAAAACGAGAUGGUGUCACCUACGAAGAUACAGCACACAGUUACAGUCAUGAUACUAUUGGCAUGAUUGUCAUCCAUAAGAUGGGAAAUAUUGCUGCUGGUACAUCUACAAAUGGUAUAAAAUUCAAAAUACCUGGCCGAAUAGGAGACUCACCGAUACCUGGGUCUGGGGCCUACGCCGACGACAUGGUGGGGGCCGCGGCAGCCACGGGCGAUGGGGACAUCCUGAUGCGCUUCGUCCCAAGCUAUCAAGCUGUAGAAUAUAUGAGAAGAGGAGAAAAUCCAACCACAGCAUGCGAAAAAGUGAUCUCAAGAAUCCAGAAGUAUUUUCCCAAUUUCUUUGGGGCUGUGAUAUGUGCCAACGUGACCGGAAGUUAUGGUGCUGCUUGCAAUAAACUUUCAACAUUUACUCAGUUUCAUUUCAUGGUUUAUAAUCCUCUGAAAAGUGAGCCAACUGAGGAAAAAGUAGACUGCAUCUAAUCCAUCUUUUCUGUCAGCAUCUAUAUUUAAAGAAGAAACAGAAGCUGAAAAGGCUACUCACUGUCAUCGAAUAAUGUGCCUCGUGUAUUCUGAACUCUGUAAAAUAAGCACAAAAAUAAACUUUAUGCUGAAACAGCAUUUUCACUUUCUA